AUGCCAUCUCAAAACAAUGCAAAGUGCAGAACAUUUGUUUGCGUUUGUGGAAGCAAGUGUAAUUCAAGUCCAGCCAAGAGUAGACAUAUUAAAAAGUGCAAUCAUUUUGCCAAAGCAAGAGAGUUUAUUAAUACUUCAUAUCCAGAGCUCUCUUUAAAUAAAUUAAUACAACCAAACAUUAUUGAACCAAUCAUUAAUGUUGUUAACAAUGAUCCUCUAGAAGCAUCCUAUAUCAAGAUGGGAAGGGCUGUUGUUAAGUUAAUCCAAGAACUUCCAAUUACAUCACCUCUUAGAAGACCAAUGGUUGCCAAGAUUUGUAAAACUGUAAGACCUAAAGAUGCUGUUAUCAUCUUGAAUUUCGAUGAAUCUACCAUUAGAAAGGCCAAGAAAGAAAGUGAUGAUUUUGUAUUGAUGAUGAAAUCUAAACCAAAUAGCACUAGAGAGAAAAUCUCAGCCACUGAUAUUGAUAGAAUCCAGAAGUAUUGGUAUGAUUCAUGUCGUGUUUCAUCUACUGAUGUUUUGCAAGCAAAGAGGAAGAGUGCAACAUCUGAGGCUGUUAUUGUUUCAAAAUAUUGGCAAGACUCACCUACUUGUUGGAUUUUCCAACAAUAUGUGGACUUCAGUGAACACAACCAAAUUCCCUAUCACUCCAUUGGUACAUUUGUCAAAUACAAACCAAAUAAUAUUAGACCAUCCAAGAAGUUAGAAGGUAUUUGCCCAAUCUGUAAAGAUUUCAAGAACAACAAGGCCAAGUAUGAAGAAGCUGACCAAUUAUUGAAACAUUUCAAGCAGGAGCCAGAGUGUGAUUGUAAUCAUUGUCAGCAUUAUAGUGAAAACUCUCAAGUUGAAUUAAUAGCACUUCAAAGAAAGUAUGAGAAACAUCUACUUCACGCUCAGCUCAUCGUAGAUAAAUCCAAAUAUUGGGAGAAGGCAAAGCAAGAAUUAAAAGAAGACGAGUUGAUCGUUGUGAUGGAUUUUGCAAGUGGUUGGGAGGUAAUCGAUAAAGCUGUAGAAACAACCAACGAGUUUUUUGAGAAACAUUACAUCAAAGACAUGAUUGUUGUUGUGGUUAGAAAGUUAGGUGGAGAAUUUCAUUACACUUACUUUGAUUUGAUCAAUGACAACCAUACUUCUGAUCAUCACUACGUCAGAGAAGCUUGGGAUUACUUAUUAUCGUCCGAAGAAAUAUUCACCAACAAAUCUAAAAUAUUUCUUUUCUCCGAUGGUGGGCCUGCUCAUUACAAGAUGUGUAAGACUGUUGUUAUGAUUGGAGAGAUGACAAGAAAAUAUGAUAUUAAUAUUGAGUACAACUUCUAUCCAUCACACCAUGGCAAGGGUCUUUGUGAUGCACACAUAGGAGUAGGUAAAAAGUAUAUCAAGAACAAAGUAAAGAGUAGAGAAGUAGAGGUGGAAUCAAUUGAUGACAUUGAGAUGUUACUCAAGCAGUUGAAAGGAACCAAGGUUAUUCGUUUGGACAAUAUUAAAACCUUUGAAGAUUAUAAUGUAGAAAACAUUGACAAGGUUAGAUCAUUUCACCAAUAUACUUACGAAUUCGAUUCAGAGAACAAUAUGUCAUUAUUAUGUAAGAUAUCUUAUGAAGAAGAAUCGUCUGUCAUCAAGAAUGUUAAUUUAAUAACUAAUUCUGGAGGAAAGCUCACACCCAAUCACUGUCUAUUUUGCAACAAAACAGGACACAAUCAUAGAUUGUGCAAAUUAUUAGACGAACAAUAUAAGAAAGAAGAUUUCGAUCCUUCAGAUCAUCAAUUCUUAUCUCGUGAAGACGAGUACCUACCAGAUGGGGAGGAGAGUGAAAGCGAUGAAUUAUUGUAUGAUUCAGAUAGUGAUUAUGAUAGUAUUAGUGAAUCAGAGAGUGAGUUAGAUAAUGUUAGUACAUCAAGCAACGAACAACUUACGGUUGGAAAGAGAGCAGGAAGAGGCAAUAAAUUAAAUGCCAUCAUUAGCAGUUUGAUGUAA